UUCAAAUUUUUUUAUUGAGCACUUGUUUUCUCCAGUUUAAAUCCUUAUCCUUCUGCAUUUCACGAUCCGCGUUGACGGCGUUGUUCCUGUAAUUUUAGCUCCGCUGCUGAUGCCAUCUGAAACAGCUGGAGUGCUGAGUCUGAUCUGCGCUGAUACGGCAUCUUUUCCUUGCGGAGCGUUUUCUUCAGCUUCGUGCAGCUGUGCGGAUAGUUCGUGCACCUCCAUGGCGUCCACAGACUCCCCACAAUUCCCUUCAUCGAGCGUUUCUCGACCAGCUUCGGGAAUUAUCAACUGUAUUAAGCAGACGUUACUUAGCGGAAAAUUCAGUGAUGUGCAGUUUUCUGUGGGGCGCCACUUCGGACCUGUAAAAAUUUUUGCAGCCCACAAGUAUAUCUUGAGUAUCCGCAGCACCGUCUUCCACACCAUGUUUCACGGCAGCAUGCCUGAAAAAUGUGACGAGUACAUCGAUAUUCCUGACUUCCUUCCCGACGCCUUUGCUAAUAUGCUUAGUUAUAUGUAUACCGAUACAGUGGAUCAUCUCACGCAGGAUAACGUCUUCCCGACCAUCAGCUGCGCUGAUAAAUACGAUCUUCCCCAGCUGACAGCCAUUUGCAGUGAAUUUGUUAUUCUCCACCUCAAGCUCACAAAUUGUCUGAACACUCUGUGUCAGGCAGUACAGUGCGGUGCGGAUGGUGUCGUGGAAAACUGUCUGCGCAUGGUGGAUGUGCAUAGUGAAGUGAUUCUGCGAUCCGACGAGUUUACUUCCCUCAGUCCGGAUGUACUGCACACCAUACUGAAGCGUAAUGCGUUGUCGGCUGGGGAGUACGACAUCUACUUGGCCGUUGAAAGGUGGGCAGCGGCGGCGUGCGCCCGGGACGGCAUAGAUCCAACCGCCGCUAAUCGUCGUCAGGUGCUGGGGGAAGCCCUGUUCCUGGUGCGGUUCCCUCUGUUAACGAAUCAUGAACUAGCCGAUGGACCUGGCAAGAGUGGUUUGCUGAGUGAAGCGCAAAUCUUGGGAAUUUUCAUGCACCAGUUUGCCACCGUGAAGCCGCCACUGCCGUUCCCCAUGGAGCGUCGCACGGGCUUCAAAAUAACCGUGACGAUGGACGAGCCCGUUUUCGCGCAGUUUUCGCGACAAUUUUGGUGUCCGGCGGAAGUGAGCGGCUUCAUGGCCGGGGAAAUGGUGGUGGUGACGUGGUGCAGCAGCGGCGUGGAAGACACUGUCAAGGACGAGAAGGUGGUGCGGGCGGCGGACAUCCUGACGAACGGUCAGUGGGUGGAGGCGCUCAUACAGGGAAACCACCGUUCUGCCGUGUAUAAGAGUGCCGAAGCCGACGCGCGCCAUCUCGUCACCUAUGACGGCGCGGACUGGUUGGUGGGCUUUGCGGAUUUGCGGAUGCGCGAUGCCCAGGCCGUUGAGUGGAUAAAGAGCAGUCGGCGAUGAUCAUGGUCGCCGAAGCUGAGGGCAUCCGUUUCUGUUGUAGGUUUCCCUUUGAAUCGCAUGUUUCUUGGCGUAUCGUAUUCGGGGCAGGAUAACGGCCUCGUGUUUCUACUUAUUCUUAGGGAUCGUCUCAUAUCUAUAGCGUAUCGCGCUACGAUACAGUACCGUAGCUAGUUUCGUUAUGGUACAGAAAUGGGACAGUCUUUGGUGCGCGUCAGCAAGGUACAGUACAGGCUACGCGCAUCGAAACUGUGCUCGCUAUCGGUUUCCUGUAUCGAAUCUGUAGCUUUGUUGCCGUAUCGCUGUACUUGCGUCUCACCGCUUCGAUCGCAUCUUGCCGCGCAUAACGUUUUCUGUACAAGAACCUAUCAGUCCGUACGUUCUCGCUUUUUAACGUCGAAGUUCGGGCAAAAUCUUUCAAAGUUAUGUUUUUUGGUUGAAAGUGGCCUGAUUAUCGCGCUGUAGCUAACGUAUGUGGUACCUGCCUAUCGGUUUUUCUUCGCAGACCGCAGUUAUCUGUGGACGGCAGCUGAAGUUCUUCGUCAAAUUUCCCCAGCUUUCAAAGCCUUCGUGAGCAAAAGUAAAAGUGCCACUGGUCAUGAUAAGCAGUAUUGUAACAUCGUAAAAUCGUUCAGUAAUUACGGUUAACGGCACUUACAUGUCACAGCAAUACAGUAUUUGGAAUCAUACUCCAUUUUGAAAAAUUUUCCAUAAACACGAAAGAAAAUGAAAUCUCAUUCCAGUGGUUACACGAAAAAGUUCUUAUAAAAUUUUUAUAACAGAGAUACCAGGGAAAGCCACCUCUGGAGGUGGCUUCGCGUACCGUAUCGUUUUUCUUUGUUUUCGACGGUAUGCGAAAAAAAGGCGCUCACCAUUUCCGCUUGAUAUGAGACGCAGGGUUAGUACAGGUUACGAGAUACGUUGCGCGAAGCAUCGUAUCUACCCGUUGCGAAUACGGGACGCUCUGGGAUACGCUGCGUACCUCCGUCCCGAAUCUUUUCAUGGGUAACCAGAUGCGCGAAUCGAAAACCGGCAUACCGUAUCCCGUAUCUGCUGUUUUGGGACGGUGGGGUACUGUACGGAAGCUAGUUUCGCUAUAGAUAUGAGACGAUCCCUUAUAGUAUUAAUAGGUGUGUACGCAGUAUUCGUGUUGGGUUAUCUUAAAUUUGCCCUACAAACUCUUGAUCUGUCUUGAAUUAAGCGGUUGUCUCGCUGUGUACUGACCAAUCAUCCAACUCCCGUUAAUCGGGUUAUCUGUUUCUCAUGGGAAAACUGCUUGAGUACCUGUGCUUCGUGUGUGACAAUAACAGGUUGAUGAAUAAUGCACACAACUUGAUCAUUAAUGAAAUAAC